AUGGGGCACGUGGCUGCUGUCCAAGGGGCCGAGGGCAGUGCUAGGAGUGUGGUGAGCGUGGCUGAUCCAGAAAAGAAAUACACUGGAUGGAGAAUUAUUGGCAGAGGGGGUUUUGGAACCGUUUGUAAGGCCUUGGACGCUGCCACGGGACAAGCGGUGGCCAUCAAGGAAAUUGAUCUCCGGCACCAGCGCUGCAAGGAGGUAUUGAAAGAAAUCCUGGUCAUGAGGGAAAUGAGGAACCCCAAUAUUGUCACCUACCUAGAAAGCUACCUUGCCAAUGGGUUUGUCCUGCUGGUGUUGGAGUACAUGGAUGGAGGCUCUUUAGCAAAAGUGAUCAGCGAGAAGAGGAUGGCUGUAGGACACAUGGCAACUGUCUGUCAGGAGUGCCUGAAAGGCCUGGCUUUCCUUCAUGCCAACCAGGUGAUCCACAGAGACAUCAAAAGUGACAACAUCCUUCUGGGCCGGGAUGGCUCCGUCAAGUUGGCUGAUUUUGGCCUCUGUGCUCUGCUCACACCUGAGCAGAGUAAACGGAGGUCGAUGGUGGGGACAACUUGCUGGAUGGCACCCGAGGUGGUGAGAAGAGAGCCUUACGGUCCCAAAGUGGACACCUGGUCCCUUGGCAUCGUGGGAAUUGAAAUGGCCAAAGGAGAGGCUCCUUAUGUUUGGGAGACCAGUGACAGGGUAAGGUGCAAAUAUGCGUCAGAAUCCGGGAUCCUUCUGGCUAACCACCUGAUAGGCACGCAAGGCAUACCAGACGUGCACAAGCUCAGCCUACCCCCUGCCUUGUGUGAAUUUCUGGGCUGCUGCCUGCAGAUGGAUGUGGACAGGAGAGGCUCUGCCAAGGAACUUCUGCAGGUGGAGGAGGACGUUGUCAGCUUUGAUGUCUCUGUGCAGGACCUCACAGCUGCUGCAGUGCCUCACAGCCUCCAGCACAUGGCGGAACAGCCCCUGCACCAGUCUGCCGACAGGAAUGCCCGCACAUGA